AUGUCCACUGUUAAGAGCCAAAUGUCCUAUCUGGAGCCUUGGACGGACAAGGACGCUCCGUACGUCCGAGGCAAGGUUGAAGAAUUAUUCCCGGGCACCAAUUUCGUCAACCGGGAGUACACGGUUCAAAUACACGACGCGAGACCGAAGAAGAAUGAAUUUGAUCUUGACGUCCACGGCUUCUCCUUUUAUGAUGAUCAACCGCUUUCGGAGCAUGUUAUCCAAGCCAUCCGGUCAAGGGAUAAAUCGCUCGUCGAACGGGAAUAUUACCCCCUGGCGGAGGAUUUGGUCAAGAAGGUUACAGGAGCUAGCAAAGUGAUCAUAUUUGACCACACAUACCGGAAACGGGACCCAUCACUCGCUGUUCACGAGAACCCCAAUGGCAGGGAACAGCCAGCUACUGUAUCAAACGGGUUCGGCGCCACGGUGGAGAUGACGCUGAGGCCUUGCUGCAAGGACGAGCACAGAUUCUCAAUGCAGGACUGGCCACUGGCACUAAUGGACUAUCGAAGCAUCAAGGAUUCCGAAAUUCACCCAACCAGCAUAUUCAAGGAACGCUUCGAGAUGCAAGGACAGACCGUGUCUAUUAACCACUCCGAUGAUCAACAGUGGUUCUAUCUUGAUCAGCAAGAGCCGACAGAAGUGACAUUCAUCAAGAUCUGGGACAACAAGGAAGACGUGGCAAAAAACCGCCGCGGGAGAGUGUGGAAGUCCGCUGCUUGGUCUUUAAUUGAAGUUGGCCCAGCCGAUACCUUCCAGAAGUGA